CUCUUCUCCCGUCCUCUGACUUUCGUCCUUCUCGCUACCAUCGCCCUAUUAAUAAUCCUGGAAUCCAAAUUCGAAACCACCCGAAUUCUUGUCCUCGGGACCUCGGCGAGUCGGAACCACGCGGAAGGACGAACGGAGACAGCUCCAAAUCUUGAGAUCGCAGGAUGGAUGGACAUACAAAUGGCUCUAAUGGUUCCUGCUCUAAGCCAUGUGUAGAACUAGCAGACUACUACAUCCCGGACUACAUUCUGAAGCCGGACUCUGGUCACAGUAUCAUUGAUCAGGCACCGUGUUGCCCUGUGGUAGUCUUCAUCAACUCCAGAAGUGGUGGCCAACUCGGAAGCAGUUUGAUCAAAACCUACCGUCAGCUUCUUAAUGAAUCGCAGGUUUUUGAUCUCUCAGAAGAGGCUCCUGAUAAGGUGCUGCGAAGACUGUAUUGCAACUUUGAGAAGCUCAAGUCUAAUGGCGACAAUUUGGCUUUUCAAAUUCAGAGCAACCUAAGACUGAUUGUCGCUGGUGGCGAUGGCACAGCAAGUUGGCUGCUUGGUGUAGUUAGUGACCUUAAGCUUUCUCACCCACCUCCUGUUGCUACUGUGCCUCUGGGAACUGGAAACAACCUUCCAUUCUCAUUUGGAUGGGGGAAGAAAAAUCCAUUCACUGACCAAGAGGCAGUGAAAUCAUUUCUUGGACAAGUAAAAAAGGCAAGAGAAAUGAAUAUUGAUAGUUGGCAUAUCAUCAUGAGGAUGCUGGCUCCAAAGGAAGGUCCAUGUGAUCCUAUUGCUCCAUUAGAUCUGCCUCACUCAUUGCAUGCAUUUCACCGUGUAUCACGAAGUGAUUCACUCAAUAUGGACGGCUACGACACAUACCGUGGAGGAUUUUGGAAUUACUUUAGUAUGGGGAUGGACGCACAAGUGUCUUAUGAAUUUCACUCUGAGAGGAAGAGAAACCCCGAGAAGUUCAAGAACCAGCUAACAAAUCAGAGUACAUACGCUAAGCUUGGACUUAAACAAGGAUGGUUUGCUGCUUCACUGACUCACCCAUCCUCAAGGAACAUUGCUCAACUUGCAAAGGUGCGGAUCAUGAAAAGACCUGGUGGCCAGUGGGAAGACCUUAAGAUACCUCGCAGCAUUCGAUCGAUCGUCUGCCUCAAUUUGCCAAGCUUUUCGGGAGGACUGAAUCCUUGGGGAACACCCGGCACGAGGAAAGCACAAGACAGAGACCUGACCGCACCUUUCGUUGAUGAUGGCCUCAUUGAGGUUGUCGGCUUUCGCGAUGCCUGGCAUGGUCUCGUCUUGCUUGCCCCUAAUGGCCAUGGAACUCGUCUCGCACAGGCCCAUAGAAUCCGUUUCGAGUUCCACAAGGGAGCAGCCGAGCACACGUUCAUGAGGAUCGACGGGGAGCCAUGGAAGCAGCCUCUUCCCAAGGACGACGACACCGUGGUCGUCGAGAUCUCCCACCUCCGUCAGGUCACCAUGCUCGCCUGUGACCCGUGCAAAUCCGAGAGCGUCAACGACCCGUCGUCACCGAUGUGCCGCAGCAACCACGAAGACGACGACCGCAACAGCUUGGAGGACGAAGACGAGUGGGAGGAGGGAAGGAAGAAGUUUGGAGCAGCCGAUACGUUCAAGUUUCCUGACGAGGUUGACAUUGCUCAUCUUAGCUGAGUUAUCAGUACAUCCUCUGCGUCCUGCGCCUUGUUCAUGUGAUUCAGAGUUCAGAUUUCAGAAUGUUCGCUACUUCUGUUAGCGAUACUGCUUUUUUGUUGUGUAAUUCUUAAGGUUAGCCAUCAGCCAUGUGUAGAUCGAUCGGCUGUAUUCAUCAACUACAAAUUUUUCCAAGUAAAUGUCAUAUUCUGAUGCAAUGCAAUUGUUCUAUUCCAGAAAAUUAUGUCUGACAGACUCCUUGUCCUGAACCCUCUGUGUAGUCUUGCUGCUGUAAACU